AUGACAACCAGGACCAUGCAGAAUGACCUUGCAGUCAAGUUUCGCAAGCUACAUGUUCCCGGAGAGCCCUUGGUUCUUACAAACGUCUACGAUGCGGCAACCGCCUCAAUCAUUGCCGAGCAUCCCUCGACGAAGGCCAUCGCUACCGCCAGCUACGCCGUUGCCGCCUCUCAAGGCAUUCCGGACGAGAAGUUGACCCUGUCCCAGAAUCUAGCAGCUGUGCGCUCGAUUGCCGCUGUUCUGAAGAACCCUGGUGACGGCCUCCCACGCAUCCCGUUGACAGUGGAUAUGCAAGACGGCUAUGAAGAUGUAGCCGCUACAAUCAGAGAAAUCAUCGCUCUGGGAGCCGUCGGCUGCAACCUCGAAGACUUUGAUAGUGCCAACAAUCGACUGCGGCCGAUGUCGCAGGCUAUCGAGCGGAUUCAGCUUGCCAUGCAGGCUGCGAGGGACGCAGGGGUGCCUGGUUUUGCGAUCAAUGCGCGGACAGAUGUCCUUCUCAAGCACGACGGGCAAAACGGAGGAUCAAUCGAGGAUGCAAUCGAAAGGGGAAGAGCUUACCUGGAGGCCGGGGCUUGUACAGUGUUCGUCUGGGGUGGGUCUGCCAGGGGAGGGGUGUCCAAGGAGGAGAUCCAGAGGCUGGUUGAAGCUUUUGAUGGAAGACUGAACGUCAAGAUGACCUUGCAAGAGGGAUCCUUGACGGUACCAGAGCUCAAAGAGAUUGGGGUCGCGCGGAUCAGUCUUGGACCUGAGUUGUAUCGCGCUGCAAUGAAGGCAUUUAAAGAAAAAGCUGAUGCGGUGUUGGGUUAUUGUGGAUAG